CGUCUUUUUUCAAAAAAAAAGGAGCUGCUCCUGUCUAAAGUUGUGGUUCAGGCACCGCAUGGAGGCGGCGGCUGGAGGCUUUGAUUUGCAACCAGAGUUUUGCGCGUGAAGACCGCCGGACGGAUUCAUCGGCGAUGAUGAACGUGGAGGUGGCUGUGCUGCUCUUUCUGGCCCUUUGGGUUUGUGUUUGGACGGAAGAUUCUGGGAAAGUAGUUGCUGACCGCUACGCCGUGUACUGGAAUAGCACCAACCCCAGGUUUCACAGAGGGGACUAUACAGUCGAUGUCUGCAUUAAUGACUACCUUGAUAUCUACUGCCCCCACUAUGAUGACUCCGUGCCAGAGGAGAAGACAGAGAGCUACAUUCUCUACAUGGUGAAUUUUGAUGGCUACAGAAGCUGUGACCACAAGAACAAUGGCUUCAAGCGAUGGGAAUGCAAUAGGCCGCGCACACCAAACGGCCCACUGAAGUUCUCCGAGAAGUUCCAGCUCUUCACGCCAUUUUCUCUGGGCUUUGAGUUUCGACCUGGAAAUGAGUAUUAUUAUAUAUCUUCACCUCACCCUAAUAUUGUUGGAAAACCCUGCUUAAAGUUAAAAGUAUAUGUCCGACCAACAAACAGUUGUAUGGAAGCAGUAGGGGUGAAUGAAGGUGAUUUCGAUGUAAACAACAGUUCAGUUGAAGCUUCAGAUGAUUCUAUAUAUGAAUCGCCUGAACCAUAUCACAAUAACAAUGGGAUCACGACCUUUAGGAUUUCUUGGUUCAUUGUAGCAGCAGCUCUCCUCCUGUUGUUUCUCACAUCAUAGCACACAGACAAGAAGAGAAUGAAAGAAAUGAUUUCUACGCAAGUGACAGAAACCAAAAUUGUGGCGGCAGUGGAAUUGACACGGUUCACGCGGAAGAGACUCCAUUUUCUGAGAAACUUUGCCGUCAACACAAAUUAUUCGAGGGACAGACCUGCUCCAUUACUGCUUUCUGAGAUUGGGAACUCUCAUUUUCUUGUGAAGCACUGCCUUGGGCCCACUUGGGUUUGAUAUAAAGUACCCAAAAUAUAACAAGUAUCUCCACGGAAGCCUGCAGACACAACCUUUCUCAAAUGGAAUCUAUGUUGGUGCAACCCUUCAUUCCAUUGAUAAGCCAAGACUCAAGUAGGAUGAAGCCUAGAUGACUUCUGGGAAUUUCAGUCAUCCACGCCCCACCCUUCUACAUCCCCUUUAACAGCGACCUCUUCACACCAUUCGCUAUUUAGCCAGCCACAAAUUUACACCAUUCUUUGCUUGUUCCUGCUUUCACUUUUCUUUUUGUUCUGCAAAUGAAUUGAAUUUAGGAGGAGGUUCAGUUGAAUGGAAGUAUCAGAGAGGGCAGGAGGUUGGGGUUAGCAGUUCAAGCUGUCACUUUUUCGUUUUAGUCAGAGGGGGUAGGGUGCAACAGGGGUGGGAAAAGCCGUAGCAUUUUCGCUGCAGGUUAUAGUGUGAUUGCUAUGGUGCAAUGGAUAGUCUCACGCGCUAACCUGGCAAUAGCUUCCUGCUGGUGUAAAUAUAGGGACCACCCCUCUCCUGUAAGCCCCAAACACACAGUCAUCUGACAUAUCAUAACCCAGAAGUGGAGAUCAGUGAUAGCAACAUUUCUGUGUCCACGGAUCCAUUUAAAAUAAGCAGCUUCACAUCAUCUGUGUUUAAAUUAACAGACAGAAUUGUCCUGCAAAUGCUUUAAGCAACUGUGUGCCAGUAAGGUUGCCAACCCUGGUUGGAUAUAUUCCUGGAGGUUCCAACACACGUCCUCACUCCGACAAAGUCCGAUAGCUUUCCUGGCAAUUCCAUCUCCAAUAUUUUUAUAGUUGCUAAAACAAAAACCACAAUCAUUCAUGAUGCCCCGAUUGAUUUAACCUCAUGGUUGUUCACUGCAGAGAUUAACCAAUUCCGUGGACUCUAGGACAGCCCUGGAGCAUUGGUAACCCUAACUGCUACUCUCGCGUCGAACAAUUACUGAGUGGAUAGUUGUAGAAUAUUAAUACUCGUAUAUGCCUCAGAAUUGGAGGCAGAGCUAAAUUGGCGCUGAACACCUCAAAGGCAUUUAACCUGGUGCAAGUCUUUUUAAGAAAAGUCACCUUUGAAGUUAAAAGAUGGAUAGACUGUCUGUAAUAUAUAUUAAUAUAUAUACACACAUAUACAUUAUACACACACUUACAUAUGUGUAGUAUAUAUAUUUUAAAAUCUGCGCUGUUUGCUUUACAACACGAGAUGAGUGUUUUGCCUUACAGGCAAAGACGGUGAAAUUCUCGAAAGCUCUGAAGUUUUAGUCAGUGAUCAGCAUAGAGCUUUUUGCUUCUGGUCAUGAAUGACUCAGAGAGACAAAUCUUUUGUGAGGUACAUAGCAGGCUAGAGGCUUCCUUAGGGCUGGGAAGUGUGAUAUCCAGCAAGUUGAAGUUAUCAGAAAGUUACAACAAGCAAUUCCCUUUCAGAUAGUGUGUCUAUUUUCUCAUCACCUUGGUGUAUUUAAAGCUUAGAGACUACUGAAUGACUUGCUGUGGCAAUUAUGCUUCUGUCACGCAAUGGGAUAUUUCUCCUAACUUGGAUUGAGAAUACUUCAUCUGUGUCUGUGUAUGUGUAUGUGCGUAUAUAUCAAACAUAUACACCUGCUAUAUGUAUAUAUAUAUUAUAUGUACCUGUAUAUAAUAUACAUAUAGAUUAUAUACAUAGGUCAGUGUUGGUGCUCACAUUUUCCCCUCACUCACACUGCCAUACACAAACUCUCAACCUUGUGACCCCCACCCCAUAGCAAUCUUCUGGUGCAAUGCAGCUGAAAUUAACUCCUGUGUUGAAGCACUGCUCAUAAAACCAAAUCGACCCUGACCUUUGUGAGAGGGCAGGGCUCUCAGGGCAGAGAGAAUCUGAGGGUAUUCUGUAGGAAUAUAUGUUUUAGGACUUAGCUUGAGUUAGAAAGGUAUUAUUUUGAGUUACGUGUAUCUUCUGACCAGCUGCAGUGAGUGUUUCACCCUUGUAUUGUUAGCUUUUUUUUCCUAUUUCUAUUAAUAGAGGAUUAUAGAUCUUAUAAUUUAGUUGUCUAUUUCAAAUCUGUUUCACAAAAGUUGAAAAUGUGGCUUGGUGUCUAGUCUCUAUGGAAAGGAAGAACUGCUUGCAUUUACACAGCAGCUUUCAUAACCACAGAACAUUCCAAAGUACUUUACAUUGAAUGAGGUAAUUUUAAAGUGUGACCACUGUUUCAGUAUAGGAAACACAAUGGCCAAUUCACACACAGCUAGCUGCCACAAACAGCAAUGUAGUUAUCACCAAAUCCUCUGCUCUAAUGAUGUUGGCUGAGAGAUAAGUAUUUGUCAGGACUCCAGAGAGGAUUCUUCUAGCCAUCUUCAAAGUAGUGCCAUGCAAUCUUUCCCGUCUGUCCCAAGAGAACAGGUGGGGCAUCAAUUAAUAUCUUAUCCUAAAGAGGCACCUUUGACAGUGCAGCAGUCCCUCAAUACUGCUUCUGGAGUAUCAGCCUAAAUCGUAAAGUGAGUUUUGACCCGACAACCUUCUGAUGCAAAGAGAAGAUUUGAAAGUAAUUUAGCUACAGCUGACAUAGUUAAGAGUGGAUUUGUCUGCAAGUGUGGGCCCAGGUACAGAAAGCAAGACAUCUGUGUGAAAAAUUAAAAAAAUAAUCUCAGUAAAGGAAAUGGACAGCAUUCAAUGCAGAACAGUAAUGCUGCAAAAUAAUAAAACAACAAAACAUUAGUCUGGGGCCAAAAGAAUGUGAGCUGAAGAGUGUUGGUAAUGAUAUUCACAAAAAUAAGCAAAAUUGGACAUUUUUCUGAAAUGAAAAUCAUAUUUCAGCGUUGCAAGUGAGUGCUGCAAAAUCUGUCAUCAAAAUGGAUUAUGAUUUUUUGUUUCAGAUUUCUAGCAUCUGCAGUUCUUUCAGCUUUUGGGGCUACCACUUCUCCUGGUCAGUCAAAAGCAGUUAAACAUUCGCUGUAGGCCAAUGAUGUUUUCUACCUUUUCAUUAAGCUUGCUUCUGGUUCAACAUUCCUCUCUUGAAAACUCCCAUCAACUGAAAUGGGCAGGUUUUCUCUGCUCGGCAGCAGUUUCUUCGCAGGGCUAAUUCACUUGCGGCAUGCUGAUUUUCUGCUGAAAGCAACAUUGUACGGAACAGGCGGUGAUCCACGUGAGGUGAACAUAGAACACAGAACAUUACAGCACAGUACAGGCCCUUCGGCCCUCGAUGUUGUGCCAACCUGUCAUACCGAUCUGAAGCCCAUCUAACCUACACUAUUCCAUGUAUGUCCAUAUGCUUAUCCAAUGACGACUUAAAUGUACCUAAAGUUGGCAAAUCUACUACCGGUGCAGGCAAAGCGUUCCAUUCCCUUACUACUCUCUGAGUAAAGAAACCACCUCUGACAUCUGUCCUAUAUCUUUCACCCCUCAAUUUAAAACUAUGCCCCCUCGUGCUCACCGUCACCAUCCUAGGAAAAAGGCUCUCCCUAUCCAUCCUAUCUAACCCUCUGAUUAUUUUGUAUGUUUCAAUUAAGUCACCUCUCAACCUUCUUCUCUCUAAUGAAAACAGGCUCAAAUCCCUCAGCCUUUCCUUGUAAGACCUUCCCUCCAUACCAGGCAACAUCCUAGUAAAUCUCCUCUGCACCCUUUCCAAAACUUCCACAUCCUUCUUAUAAUGCAGUGACCAGAACUGUACGCAAUACUCCAGGUGCGGCCGCUCCAGAGUUUUGUACAGCUGCAACAUAACCUCUUGGUUCCGGAACUCGAUCCCUCUAUUAAUAAAAGCUAAAACACUCUAUGCCUUCUUAACAGCCCUGUCAACCUGGGUGGCAACUUGCAAGGAUCUUUGUACAUGGACACCGAAAUCUCUCUGCUCAUCUACACUGCUAAGAAUCUUACCAUUAGCCCAGUACUUUGCCUUCCGGUUACUCCUACCAAAGUGCAUCACCUCACACUUGUCUGCAUUAAACUCCAUUUGCCACCUCUCAGCCCAGCUUUGCAGCUUAUCUAUGUCUCUCUGCAACCUACAGCAUCCUUCGUCACUAUCCUCAACUCCACCGACCUUAGUGUCAUCUGCAAAUUUACUAACCCAUCCUUCUAUGCCCUCAUCCAGGUCAUUUGUAAAAAUGACAAACAGCAGUGGACCCAACACCGACCCUUGUGGUACACCGCUAGUAACUGGUCUCCAGGAUGAACAUUUCCCAUCAACUACCACCCUCUGUCUUCUUUCAGCAAGCCAGUUUCCGAUCCAAACUGCUAUAUCUCCCACAAUCCCAUUCCUCCGCAUUUUGUACAAUAGCCUACUGUGGGGAACCUUAUUGGACGCCUUGCUGAAAUCCAUAUACACGACAUCAACCGGUUUACUCUCAUCUACCUGUUUGGUCACCUUCUCAAAGAACUCAAUAAGGUUUGUGAGGCACGACCUUCCCUUCACAAAACCGUGCUGACUAUCCCUAAUCAAUUUAUUCUUCAAUGGGCUUCAGAUCGGUAUGACAGGUCGACACAACAUCAAGGGCCAAAGGUGAAUGGUAUCUCUUUCUCCAUGUUGCCACAUGGAACCAGCUGAUUUGAAAGAGUAGGCAAUGGCCUCAUGUUAUUAUCGCCAGAUUAUUAAUCCACAGACCCAGUAAUGUUUUUGAAGGGUCCAGGCCCGAAAUGUCAGCUUUUGCGCUCCUAAGAUUCUGCUUGGCCUGCUGCGUUCAUCCAGUUCCACACUUUGUUAUCAGUGUUUCAAAAGUGCCAUGAUGAGGGAAUUUGAAUUCAAUUUUUAAAAAUCUGGAACUAAGAAUCUAACGAUGACCAUGAAUCCAUUGUCAAUUGUCGAGAAAAAAAUAUCUGGUUCAUUAAUGUCCUUUAGGGAAGGAAACUGCCAUCCCCAAUUGGUCUGGCCUACAUGGCAGUUCAGACCCACAGCAGUGUGGUUGACUCUUAACUGUCCUCUGGGCAAUUAGGGAUUGGCAAUAAAUGCUGGCCUGGUCAGUGACACACUUAUCCCAUUAAUGAAUAAAAAAACCUUACUUGAUCUGGCCUACUAGUAACUCCAACCCCAUAGCAAAGUGAUUGACCUUUGACUGCAUCCCCCCCAACCUUGGUAAUAAAUGUUGACCGAGCCCGUGACUCCCACAUCCUGUGAACUAAUUUUUAAAAAGUCGGAUCUGAGAAAGGCACAAUGUUGCUGGUGGUCAUAUAUCAUGGAUAACUGUGAUCCUCCUGUAUCCUCAGCCAAAUCCUCUUCUGUGAAGCCAGAAUAAGAUUGCCAGCUGGUUACUCGGCAUAAGGGUGGGAAGUACAGUCCACAUUGUUCCCUGCUGUGCCCCUUCCUUUCCACAUGUGUCACUGGGCCAUUUGGGAAUGGAUUGUGAUCUGCCUACAACUUGGCUUUGUUCCCCAUCCCUGUAUGCCACCGGUCAGUACAUGGUGACUGGGGGUUGGACAUGAGCUGAUGCUUGUUUCUGUUGUUGCCCAGGAGGGCUGCCCUUGCUGAGAGCAGCAUGGACUGUAGAGCUCCAAACCACAGCCAGGCUAUGCAGUUAUCUUCUGAACAUACAUGGCUGAAUCACAGGAAAUCUUCUAACUACAACUGCAACAUAAUUCCUGUGAAAGUCAUCAACAGAAACAAGUCCUGUUUAUUCUUUCACAACAUGGUUUCUGUUCACCCGAAAACUAGUCAGUGCAAUUAAACUCAGGUGCAAACACUUUACGUGAUGCCGGAGCUGGAACUGAUAAUAGAAUAUGUGAAUUAUAGGGUGGCUUGGUGGUUAGCACUGCUGCCUCCCAGCUCUAGGGACCCAGGUUCAAUUCCAGCUUUGGGUGACCAUCUGUGUGGAGUUUUCACAUUCACUCUAGUUUGAUGCCUAUAGUGUCCAGAGAUGUGCACACGAAGUGGGUUAGCCACAGGAAAUACAGGGAUAGCAUGGGGUAUGGUUGGGAAGCUGUUUGGAGGGGCAAUGUGGACUUUAAGAGCUGAAUUGCAUGUUUCCAAACUGUAGGGAUUCUCUGGUAAUAUCCAGAAUUCCCAUUGGUAGCAGUAGUUUCACUCACUUUCUACUCCUCACUCUAGUUUAACUCUCCAGUUCGUCAAAUGAAUGUGCCAAUGCUUCUGUUGAAAUUCUGUGACUUUCAGUUGUUUCCACAGGCAGUGGGUGGAUGCACCUGCUUCUAGUCUUCAGCCCCAACCCCUGCAGUUGAAGAGAUAGCUGUCAGAAUUUUUCUUUUGGACAAAUCAGGCUUCACUUUUCCCUUGACCUUCCUGGAUUCUGCUGGUUUUGAUGUCCAGGGAGGGCACUGGGGAACUAGAAAACACGCUGCUGAGGGAUGAUAUCAUUGGCCACUCUCACAAGACAUCUAUUUGGCCAGUGACCAUUUGAAAGUUUAUUUGGUUCAUGAUCUAGAAUUUGUGACCUUGUCGUAGGAAUUGUAUUGCCUUUAACCCCUUCCUAUCAAGGUAUACUCUGUGUGCUUUAGAAAGUGCCAUACUGUAAAUAUGUGAAUGUUAUAUGAACUUCUAAUGAUCAAUGAACAGAUUAGGACAACUGCUCAAGGAUAUAGGAAUACUCAUUCAUGGUUUAUAAAAAUGAUCAUCUAUGGUUGAUCCUGUUAUAUCAGAACCAAUAAUGCUGUUUCUGAAACAAAAACAGAAGUUGCUGGAAAAACUCAGCAGGUCUGGCAGCAUCUGUGAAGGAAAAAAACACAGUUAACAUUUCUGUAAGAAAUGAGCCAAGUCUUGGAGGGUCAUCGUCCAGGUAUCUAAUUGAUCUGCUUGAAAACCAAAACCAAGUGACUGUUUUAGAUUUCUUACAUGCGGCUGAAUGAUAGUAAGGACCUGUUGUUUCUUAAGCCAUAGUUGUCAGGGACAGUGCCAAUAAGUUAUGUGGAAGAGCAGACUGUGUAAUGGAUACCAUGUAUCCUGGUGUAAUGGCGACUUCCAUAACUGUAUAGUUGUGGAAGCAAAUUUAGAAGCGGUUUUCACCUCUGAAACGGCAUAACCCUUGAAUUGCAGAAUUGUCACAGUGCAGAAAGGAGUCUCUUUGGCCCAUGGUGCAUGCACCAGCCCUUCAAAUGAACAUUAUUAUCUCAUGCCAGUCUCCCAUUUCUUUCCCCAUACCCUUGCACAUUAUUUCUAUCAAGAUAAUCAUUCAAUGCUGUCUUGUAUGCUGUAAUUGACCCUGUCUUCACCACACUUCCCCAGGCAAUGCAUUCCAUCCCCUAACUACUUGCUGAGUGAAACUUUGCUCAUCUCGCAUUUCCUUCUUUUGCAAACUGUGCUGUCUGCUUCUCGAUCCUUUUACAAGCAGGAACAGUUUCUCCCUAUGGACAGCUCAUGAUUUUGAUAACUUUUAUCUGAUCACUUCUCAGCUACCUUCUCUCCAAGGAAAACUGUCCUGGUUUCUUCAAUCUAUCCUCAAAUUUCCCAUCCCUGGGACUGUUCUUGUAAAUUGCUUCUGCAUUCUGUCCAACGUGUUCACAUCCUUCUUAUAAUGUGGCGCCAGAACUGAAAUUGAACUGUAAUUGAAAUUUCAAAUACUGAACCAAGAUUGCGACAGUCACUGUGGUCUACAAUCAGGGCAGGCCAGUAGAUAAUUUCAAACUUCUUAAUUGUGUUUAUGUGUUGUUCACUUACUGACAACCUUGGACCAUUUUGUACCAUUCUGGUCAUGGCUCCCUAACGACUCAUUAUGUCUCAAUACAACGAUGCACCUCAGGUGGUCACUCAAAAUCCAGAAAAGCCAGUUUUUGAUCUGUUCAAGUUGACACAGAGACCCGCAGGAAAUGAGAAUGCAAUGAGCAUUUCAAGGUCAUUUUAAGUGACCAUAGUAGAUGUGUGUGCAGCAUGAGUAGAACAGUGCAAGAAAACUUUCUCCCAAUCCCCUGCAUUAUCUGAGAUCGAAGACUAUAGUGAUUGUUAGCCUGGUUUACACAUUCCUGCGUUAUAGCUACAGACUGGCUAAGUGGGCCAUGCUUGAUCUCACAAAUCCAGUACAGGGUUGAAGUCCUUGAUUUAAGUACUUUGACCAUCUGAAAAUUGAAGUAACAUCCCUGCCUUCUAGUAGAACAAAUUAGAUUUCCAAUUCUCUGCCAGAAAUUAAGAGAUGUGGUAUGUCCUAUACCAUGCUCAAGAACAGUUAGCAACAAAAUGUAUUGUAAAAUAUCCUUGUUUCUCAAAACUGUUUUUAAAUUGUAGAGAACACUCGAUGCUCAAAGGAUGAGGUUGACCAAAUGACAAGUCAUUUGCAAGUCAUUGACAUUAAAUUGAUCUUUAUAUAUUCUGUGUCAAAUUAGGAUAUCAUUGUUGCUUGAGAGGAGUUAACCUUGCAUCCAUGCAAACAUAACAAUGUGCUUCCCCACCCAAAUUUGUAGGAAUAAUUUAAUUGUUUUCUCAUCAUCAAUUCACACUUCAUUUGAUUUGGUUGUUCACUGCUUGGUUGAUAUCAAAUUGGUAGUGACUAUUGUAUAUUUGAUAUGUUUGGUUUUUCGCAGAGCAAGGCAGUGUUGAUAGUUGGUUUCCAUGUAUGCAGUAAUGUUCUCUACAGGGUUUUAUACAAGACUUAAAAUAUCUACACCAAGCUUCAAAUCCAACUUUCUAUUAGCUUUUCUGGCCUCUCUGUACUUCCACUCAUCUCAACACUCAGGAUUAACCAAACAAGCACAGCAAGAAUAGAUCAGAUACCAGACUCAGCUAGUCAAACUCAGAAAAAAUUGACCACCUCGAACACAUGAUAUGAACAAGGGCUGUUCAUCAUUCGCUCCUGAUUGCUUUCUGAUAUUAAAUUGGCUGAAAGGAAGAAAACACAAUAUUUGGAUCGAACUACUUUUAAAAUGUACAUAUUCCCUGCAGCCGAGUUGUAAAGAUGAUAAAGUUAACCAUGAAUGCAUGUUUGUUUUGUAGGGUUUCAUUAUUGGUGAUGUGACUAAGUCAGACGCUACUCCUGGUUUCUCUAUAUCAGUUAGACCAGGUCCAAUCAAAGGAAUAGACAUUCAUGAAUUGUGUGCCAAGAAGCUUUUGUAAAGCGGUAAUUUAAUUUUACACAUCACUUGUGCUGUGCGCUGUAAAUGUGAUGUUAAUCCUUUGAUUUGCAGUUAAUGUAAGAGGGAAACAUACGCGUGAAUACUACCAUUUUGCACAAGAGGUUUCUGGAGUACACAGGUGCUGCCCCACUACAGGAUUGUAGACUAAUAAAUUUAGGAUGAAGGAUCAAUGUUGUUAAAACAUUCGAAAGCCUGCCAGAAAUACCCCAUUGUCAAUCUACAGCUGCACCUAUGCUGUGUAUUUUGUGUAAAUAUUAUCAGUUGGAAGAUUGUCACAGAAUGGCAUUGUUCUGUUGGUGUCAGUUUGUGAAUUGUUUUACUGAAGCUUCUCUUGGCCUUUGCUGUUGGAAGUUGGCUAAGUCUGAAUAGCCUUCCUUUAAAGGGUGAGGGUAUGCUUUUAAAAGGUAUUAACAUCACAGAAAGAGACUGGUUGACCCAACUGGUCUAUGUCAGUGUUUAAGCUCCACAUAAUGCUUCUCCCAUGCUUCACCAAACCCCAUCAACAUAUACCAUCCCAUGCUGUCUGUCUGAUGCUCUCAGAGAUGCAAGGUGUAAGUGUUUCAAACUCGUACUCCAAAACUCCAUGUGGAAACUUGCUUUCCCUUCAGCAGUGGCCUUCAUCAGGCUUCCUAUUUCAUGUUUCUUGUGACACUUCCAUUCUAAUUGCCCCAGUUGAAAAACAUUGACUAUGUUGAGAUUCAUUGAUGUUUUCUGUAAUGAUGUUGCAGUCCAGCAAAAGGAUGGUAAGGGAAUGUUAUUAGUAGGCAGGGUUGUCCUAACCUCCCUCCAGCAAUUUAAAAGGCUGAUAAAAAAAUGUAGAAUCUUUCAGCACAGAAAUAGACGUCUCAGUUCAAUGAUCAGAGCUCCUCAUGAGUGUCUUCCCACCGUAUUCAAUCUCUUGCUAUCAGCAUAGCCCUCUUUUCAUUUCCCUGACGUAUUCUUAUCAGACUUCCUCUAAACGUUAUCUAUGCUGCUGCCUGUGCAGAACUGCAUGGCCAUAUAGCGAACCAUCAAACAGCUAAUGUGCCCAAGAUCAUUCCUGCCAAGAUCCAACCCCAGAUUUACAACCAGUCCCUGUGGUCUAGACAAGAUGUCCUCAAUAAUGGCUUGAAGAUGUGAUGAUGCCUCUAUGAAGGAUUACAACCAUUGAGUGAUGCAAUUUGUCCAACAUACAUUAUGAUUGGCAGUUUAAGCACAAUGGAGCAAAUAAUAGAUAAGCAGGAAGGUAAUUGGAUAAGUCAAUCACAAAAAGAAAUUUGAACAGGAGGCUUUUUUUUAGAUUUUAACUUUGAUUCAUCACUUACUCAACAGCCCAUGUCAAAAUAAGCCUUUGCGUACAGUGAGCUAUUUUCUGGCAGUUUUGACAGUAGUCAUGAGGAUAGGAUGUCAUAUAAUUUAAUAUAGAAGAGUUUUGUGAGUUCUUUGUGUGUGAAAAGACGAUUUGAUAUUGGGCAAAUCGUUCCACAUUCUGGAAGGUAGGUGGAAUCCACAGCUCCAUAUGAAGACUGCCUUUCCAGUGAGCAUUGCAUAGUUCAAAUAAGGGGUGUGGUCACAGUCUUUCCAUUUACCUCAUCAGCCCUAUCUGUUCUCACCACAGUUCCACCAGCUUCGGUUUUGACACCUUUGGGAACAGGACCUGUGGUUGGUUGGGCAGAAUGACGGGCUACAAUGCUGUAAAUUCUGUAUAAGGGAAUGAAUUGAAGCUGCAUUGAAUGACUAGAAACAUCUCCGUAAUGCAGACCAUUGAUGUGCACUUUUAAAAGUUGCUCUGGAUGUUGAAUAAUUUUGUUUUUACAUCUGCCAGAGGCUUUGUCUUUGCAGCUGCGUGCCAAAGAGGGAAGUCAAAACUGUGCUGUAAGUAGGAACAUUAACUGCCCCAGCUCGUUGAUUUGUUUUGUUGUGAUGAUGAACAAACCUGUCAUAUCCUAAUUUUCAGUAAGAAGUACACAAAGCUAAACUGAUGAUCCUGCUGCGAGUUCUGUAGAAAUGAUUGAUUUUUGCAAAGGCCCAUUUGCACCACAGUUAUUUGGUUCCAUGCAUUAUAGGCUCCUUCAAGAAUGGCAUGUGCCUCUAUAAUGUUUGUAGAACGUUUUCCUGCAGACAGGUUAUAGUCACAAAAUCACAGCUCCCCCGUGCAAAAGAUGAGGAAGAUGCAAGAUCUGGCAAAUUCAGGCAGUUUUCUGAUUCAUUGAUUUUUAAAAUGCUUGUUAUUAUUUUAAUUGAAAGUAAUGCAGGUGACAUACUGCCAUCACCAUUUUAAAAUACCUGUUGCUUUGCUGGUAAAAGAACAGUAUAGUCAGCAUAAUAGCACAUUGAUCAUAACGUAGAGGAGAAUAAUAAAAUCAGCUGGUCGGUGUACUUUGUUUUAUUUAGAAAUAAUUGCAAUAAUCUAUAAUAAAGCCAGACAUUGCUGUCUGUUUAUCCCAUUUAGCUGGCUGAACAAUAUGAAUUUUUAACAUAUAAUGCUGUCACUUUUAAAACUGAAAUGUUACUAAGUGCGCUUUCUAUUUUGAAAGAUUACAUUGUCCUACAUCUAAUGUUUGCCUUUAUUAGAAUAUCUAGAGCUGUUUACAGAUCAAUGUGCCAGUUUCACUUUCUUGUACUACAACAAAAUCAAAUGAUUUUCAUUCUAACAUGUUACAUACUACAGGAUCCUCCAACUCUAUAUCUCUUCUCCUCUGUACGAACAAUUUAGCUCUAGACUAUUGCACCUUUUCAUCUCCCCUCCAUUAUUGGGAUAUUGAGGAGAAAUGUUUUUCCCAGAGAGUAGUGCAGGGUCUGGAAGUCACUGUCUGAUAGAGUGAUAAAGCAAAUUCCUGCAUCGCAACUUUUAAAUUUCUUGGCUAUGCAUCUGAAGUACAGAAACCUACAGGGUUACCAACUGAGAGCUGGUAAAGUGGGGAUGAGGCCAACAUAGACACAGCAGGCCAUAUCAUUUCAUGCACUUAAAUUUUCUAUGGCUUUAAACAAUAUUGCAUUUAUAUAAUCACAGAAUCUUAAGAAGCAUUGAUUCUACCUUCUGUGCUUCCCCUGGCCAACCUCAAAACUUUUCUCUGAUCACCAAAACUUUUGUUUGUUCUUUUUAAGCUCUACCUUCUUGACUGCUGCAUACUUUACUAUAUCUCACCGGGAUGUCCUUGACAUUAAGACCACUAUAUGUAUUAACACAGGUGAUUAUUCUGAAAAUUCUGAAAGAACUUCCCUCCCAAGUGGCGCAGAAUAACAAGAAGCAAAGGUUGAUUUGUUAUUGUUUAUUUGGAAACCAGGAUAUAGAUCCUUUGUGUAGGACAGAACUUAGACCCAGAAGUAGAGAUACAGAUCAGGUGGGAGAUGAACUAUGGCAGGGCAUUGAGGAUUAUUAUACUGCUGUAAUUAAGAAAUUUCCUGACCUGUUUUUCAAAAGGGGUGAGCACCACUUACUUUAAGAGGUUUAGCACUUUCUUCAAACUAAGGGAAUUUUAUGACAAUGUUGCUAAUGAUUUCAUAUGAAAGGAUUUUAACUGAAAGGUGGCGUCGAGGGUAAAAGGAUGAGAAUUGGCAAAGAAAAGGUAUGAUUGCAAAGUGUACAUGUAAAAAUAACACAGAGAUUAAGUAUAGUAAAAGCACAAGGUUUGACAACUGUUCCGAGAUGCCAGAACACUCUUGUGGGUUGAAAGCUGUCUGUGGAAGUACCUCAGGAGAUUUUGAUAAAGCCUACCACUUGUCACACUCUUAAUGGGGUUCAAGCCUUGGAAAUUAACUUAGAGGAGACUAUAUAAAAUGCAGUAACAAAUCUGUCAUGAGUCCUUGUACAACCAUCUAAUUUCACUAUUAAUGUAUUCUUUUGGGGUCACUGUUCCUUGGUUUCUAAUGCAUAGCUGACAGGAUUGGCCCCAGCUUGCUGUCUGGUUAAAACAUGAAUGUUAUUCAAAAAGUAACCCAUUGAUUAUGAAGCACUUUGAACAUGUUUGGAUGAUGUUUUGAUUCUCAUUCCUGUUUUCCUACACAGUUUGCAUGUUUCAGUGUAUAAUGCAGGUCAUUAGAGAGUGAGCCUCUCACAUAUGAUCUCGGUAUCUGGGAGGUUGCUCUGAUAGGUCAGUAACAUGGGUACAGUUUGCAGCAAUGUGGAUUUCACUUGAAUCUCCUGGGUAUUUUGUUGUAACUUUGGGAACUUCCUUAGCAUUUAGGUGAGCUCAUACCCCUUUCACAUGGUACCUGAGCACUAUGAAAGCACUGUGCACACUGCACAACCAUUAGUUACAAAAGGGCAUUGUUCACAUGUUUGAAGAGCUUCCCCAUGUUUCACCUGGGCUUAGCCCAGUACAUCAGUCAUUUGGCAUUUUUUUGUGUAUUGUACUGACCAAUUUCCACCAUUCAACCAGCUUGUCUAGCCUGCAGAUUUAUCUCUAGACAGCCAUAAGUUUAUUCAUAUGACAGCAGUGCUUUUCCCUCGAAUGUACAUUGCCAUCAUUAAAUGGGCUGCUUGUACACGACCUGAAAGAAAGAAGCAAAACCUACACGUUUCAUAUUUCAGGGGAUCUUCAAACAAUGUGCUUUUUUUUACCUCUGGGACUCUGGUUCAAAUCCAGCCCAUACAGAGAGAGCAAAAGCUUUCUUUCUUUCAGGGCUGUCACCAGUCUUAUCUGAAAUGAGUUUGGGCAGUUCUUAACGUCUCAUAUGUGUGAUUUCAAGUGUGAAGUUGCUCUGGGACUUAGCUUAAUCCACUUCCCAAUGAACCUGAAUCCGUAAAAGAGUACAAAACUCCUGUGAUUCAACGAUUCGCAAUGCCUUUUCUGCAGUCUUGUUCAGUGAGGCCUGAUACAUGCAGAAUAUAGGAAGUACUGCUCUGACCUUGGAGGGUGUAUGUGAAAAGGGAGCGAUUCCUUUUCGCUGAGCUUGGGCUGAAGGUUUGGAAAUGAUCCUUCCUAUGCUUGGUUUUUAGAAGUGCUGCCAUUGAGUUUUCACUUGGGAAACAUUAUCUCUCUUGCACUGAAAUACACAAAAAUAACAUAAUGCCAACCAUGUUGAAAGGUAGUCAUUUUCAUGUUAUUGUUGUGAAUGUGACCUAGUUAAAUUGAAGUUGUAUAGGGUGCAAAUGGAGACUCAGUGAUGUGGCGCACGGUGAGCGAGUAACAACAGAGUGGCUUAUGUCCACUGAUUUCAUCCUGGUGACCAGGUGAAAGUUCCCUGAUGGAGCUGCAGCAUCUCAGUACCAGUGUGAAUCACGCCAGAUUGUUCCUUCAAACAGCCAGGUGUCCGAGUGCUAUUGUCUUUGGUUUGCUCACUUGUUAUUUGCCCUGUCCCUGGGAAUAGGUGACCAACCUGGAGGGAUGUCCUCAAACAAGGAAACUAGAAAGUUGUACUUCAAUGAAAAUGUAAGACAAAGAAUAAUAGGAUGGGUUUGAGUUCCAAUGUUAGCAUCCAAAUAGUUCCAUUUGUAUGAAAAUUGCACUGUUUGUUACUUCAGUAGACACACUUAUUGCAAACAGGUUCAUCCGUCCAUUAAAAACAGAAGAAGCAAUUUCAUUUGGAGGUGCUGUAAUUUUAAUGAUGUGUAACCAAUAUAGAGGUUAAGAUGCAUUCUUCAUCUUGUUCAUACUGUGAGUUCAGGUGAGAUGUCACAUCUAUCAGAAAUACGAACAGAAAAUGCUGCAAACAAUCAACUUACACAUGGGAAAGUUGGUGAGCAUUCAAAAUGAACCCUCCACUCCUACCCAAAUUGUUGAUGUUUCUUCCUGCUUCACGUUUCACUGUGAAAUCCAGCUUGCAAGGCAGCGUACACUGUGCGGUAGGAAGUCAGAGCCUGUUUUACACGAUGCCUUCAUUGUUGUCAAUGAAACAGAAAAUUUGGCAGGUUGUAAAACUGGGUCUGAUUUGCUAUUCAUGUUAGUGGUACCGUCCAAUAGCCUUUGGUAACUCUUAUGGGGUUACUCCUGAAGCAGCCCUGGAAAAUGUGUUUUUCCAGUUUGGGGCCAUUAAGUGGCUCAUCUCUGUGUGCCAGAAACACUGCCCCUGCACCCCUUUGUUCUAACAAAUCAUUUUUGUUGACUAAACAAUGGACAGUAUUGCUGUGGCUGCGUGAGGAAGGGGUUGAGGUUAAAUCUGUCUAAUUUAAUCCACCCAUCUUGGAUUUGGGGAAUGCCUGGGCUUGUAGACAGAGGCAAGGCAAUGUAUGGCAUAUGACAGAAUGUAGCAUUAACAAGUGGAGUCAGGCAUGCGAACUUUGAAAUCAUUUCAUCUGUGAUCCAGUUUUUCAGCUUUCUUGCUCGGUUGUUCUGGAAUAACUCAUCUUUACAAACUCCCAGGUCACCUAGAUGAUGUGCCAACACCAAGCCUAAUCCCUGAUACAAUUGUAAAGGCCUUUUCUCAUGGCUAGUCUGUUAACUAUCUUCUGAAUCUCAUGAAAACAAAUGACCUGGAAUUGGAAUUGACCCAAUAUAAUUUAAUGAAACAUCAGUGAACAUGAAAAUUGUUUUCUACAUUAAAAAAAGAUGAUCUUUGCUGGGAUCUAAUCUAAUCUUAUCAAAGUUUAUAUUCAGUGGGCUGUUCUGUAUUUCUUACUGUAUGUCUAAACAGAGAUGUAACACGACUUGCAUUUACAUUCAACUGUUGAUUUCUGGACAAUGGUUUCUUACAACAUGAUCAAUAUUCUCUCCCCAAGGAAAAAAAAAGUUUGACUGUAUUCAUUGUAAAUAAUUGUUGAUGUAAUAAAAUAUCAAUAAACUCUU